CAAAAUCACUGACGAUUCUCACUUCACUCUUCACUCCCAAACAAAAAUGGUGGGCUUCUUCUCUGACCUCUCUGACACAGACGAUUCCGCCAUCGACGACAUCAUAUCACAAGCAAACGACGCAUGCCUUCUCGACCAAAUUUCCGCCAUCAACUGUUCUUCCUUCACAGACUCUUCCAUUCUCCCCUCCCACCUCGAAUCUCGCUUCCGCAAGCUCAAGUCUUUUCCGGCCACCACCCACCGCGCUGCUGCCGGAAAAUCAACAACCCCACCGCCCGACCAUUCCAAAGAUGAAAACUUUCCCAUAUCCGAUUCUUCUAGAAGCUUCCAUCAAUCCGCCAAGGCUCCCGUUUCUUCGCCUUCAGGAAAGAACAAGCCAAAUGGGAAAAUGGCGUUGGACCCCAAAUUGCAACAGGGGUGUGUCUCUUCACCUUCCGAUUCGGUGGAUUCUUCGUAUGGGAGAAAUGGGUUGAAGUCAAAAUCCAAACUUGGCUCCAUUUCAUCUGGUUCUGGUUCUUCCGAUGGGUCUGAAGAGAGUUCAUUGUCUUCAAUGUUCAAACCAGCGGAAAAGGGUAACAAGAACAAAGUGAAAGGGAAGAAUUCUGGUUCGGCGUCUUCACCUUCUCCUUCGCCACCUCGAAGAGCGGGGUGUUUCUGGUGCUCUCCGAAGAAGGAUUCGAGGAAGAAGAGUAAGGAGGUUGAUUGGAGUGUUCUUGGUUGGGACAAGGAUGAUGAGUUACUUUCGGAUUUGGGAAGCUUCUCGAGCAAGAAGCAGCAGAAGAUUCUUAAGAAGGCAUUGAAGGAGGAACAGAAGAUUAGCCGCGAGGCUGAGAAGAUUGUGGAGUGGGCUAAACAGGAAUCUGCAAGGAUGAAUGUUAAUGUCAUUGAUCAUGAACUCAGUGAUACAGAUUAGGAGACAAUGCAAAGGAUAUCACUGCAUUUGGCAUUUAUGUCAAGAAUUUUCCUUACCAAUAGAGUAGUUGUUAUUAAUUACUAUAAGAAUGUUAGUUUCUUGGGUUCGAGGGUCAUAAUGACUACUUGUUCUUAUAUGAAGGCUAUAGUUGCUGCAUCUAUACAAAUUUAUACAUAUUAGACAUUGUCUAUAUUACAGCUAUUUUAUUUU